UUUUACUGUCGAUACAUAACAGUUUCUCUCACCGACUUGUCACCCGUCACAGCUUUUAUGUCCGCUCCUCUGCUAAUUGCCGCUGUUGUUGGCGGUGGGGUCCUGCUUCUCAUGCGGCGUUUAUUCCCCCGUCAGAAAGCCGUUAAGUUGCUCCGUUAUUCAGGAGAAAAUAUGCGAGGCAAGACAGUCAUCGUGACCGGGGCAAACAGCGGGAUAGGGAAGGCCCUGGCCGGGGAGCUUCUGAAGCUCCGCGCCCGGGUCAUUAUGGCUUGCCGGGACCUGCGGAGCGCCGAGGAGGCAGCCCAGGACAUCAAGAAGCAAGCGGGACCAGAAAACGGGGAGGUGGUCAUCAAACACCUGGACCUGGCUUCUCUUAGAUCAGUCCGAAAUUUCUGUGAGGAGGUGACUCAGGAGGAAUCCCAGGUUGAUGUGCUCAUCAACAACGCUGGUAUUUACCAGUGUCCCUACACAAAGACAGACGAAGGUUUUGAGAUGCAGCUCGGUGUGAAUCACUUGGGUCACUUCCUCCUCACUCACCUGCUGCUGGACCUCCUGAAGGCUUCGGCCCCUAGCCGCAUCGUAGUGGUUUCCUCUAAACUUUACAAAUAUGGCCACAUCAACUUCGAUGACCUGAACAGUGAAAAUAACUACAAUAAGGCCUUCUGCUACAGUCAGAGCAAACUGGCCAACCUUCUGUUCACGCUGGAGCUGGCCCAUCGCCUCGAGGGGACGGGGGUCACAGUCAAUGCUCUCACCCCGGGGAUCGUGAGGACCAGGCUAGGCAGACACAUCCAAAUCCCCCUCCUGGCAAAGCCGCUGUUCUACCUUGCCUCGUUGGUAUUUUUCAAGAGUCCAUUGGAGGGGGCCCAGACUCCUCUCUAUCUGGCCAGCUCCUUAGAGGUGGAAGGAGUGUCGGGGAAGUGCUUUGCUAACUGCGAGGAGGAGGAGCUGUUACCCAAAGCUACAGAUGAGGAGGCAGCCAAGAAACUGUGGGACAUAAGCAGGAGGAUGGUUGGACUCGCUGACUGAGCAGAGUCCAGCUCUGUGGAUGGAGUUUGGGGAGUGGACUUAAGUGUUCUUGGACCUGAUAGCUAAUCUCUUGCAGCCCCACAGACACCAUUCUAGAAGCGUACACUUGCAAUAAAUAAAAGAACGAUUUCCAUCCUGACGAUAAUAACAUUAAUUGAAGAGCAUAUUGUAGAGUGAAGUGCGAUAGUGGUGUGUGUGCAAGAGUGCCACAAUGCUUAGAGAUUGUAUAAAGAUUUUAAUUUUAAGGUGUGCCUAUCAAAGUGAUGUUUAAAAAACAAUAAAGCAGUGUUAUGUGAAA